AUAGCAGCCGGAGUGAUUAUUUCCCUACAAAUCUCCGAGCACUGGCGGCAACCAGACACCACGGCAACCAGCUGACGAUUCGCGUCCAAUUGGAACUGACAGUUGUGUUUUGCCCUCGGUCGAGUAAUGUUGUGUGUACGGUGCCGCUGGUGGUGACAGUGCCGGAAUCGAUUUUUUCCCUCGUUCCCACGGGACGUGUUGCAUUUUAUGAGUGCACCUGGAUUAGUAGUUGACGAAAACAGUGUUUCUGGAACCGCAGGACUUGCUGGUGCCCACUGUGCCGCGGUUACAUCGUUCGGUGUAGUGAAGUGUCAGUGGGUGUGAUGACAGGCAUUGGUACCUGUCACUGGGUUUGUUGAUAAGCAGUUUUGUGGUGUACAGGGCCGGCUCUCGGUGUCAGAAUGCCCGCGAAAAUGUCGUUACUGGCUGCGCCCCCGCUGCACCGAGUGUCUCGCCUGGCCGGUGAUAGUCUGGGUGCAAUAUGCAAAGUGUCGGUGAUUUUAAUUUAUGUCGGUCUAACCGUAACUGGAUUGGAUGUGGCAGCCGCGACGAUGGAUUCCGCCGACGUUCACUAUGCCCAGCAUCACCAUUGCAGCCACCACCACCCCAAGGCACAUGAGGUCGUACAUGGUGUUAACAUAGAGCCGGUACACGUUAUCAGAAAACGGAGCCUCUCGCAACCAUUAAGGAUACUCUUAGUUUAUGAUGAAUCUGUAUAUAGAUUAGAGCCCAGGAAAUUCGAACUAAUUAACAAUACAAUAUUACCCGAAGCAGUGCAAUUCUGGGAGCGAGCACUAAUGGUACGUGAAACUCGAGGAUUAAUCCGAUUAAACAGGAAAUGUGAGAGUUCUCAAGUGUUCGUGAAGGGGGGACAGACGUACUGUAUAGAUUCUUGCAAGGCCAUUACGAUGUGCGGUGAAGUUCCAGUACCAAAAGAACAUUUAGAUGUGUGUCGCGUUUGCAACGCAACUGGACAAGAUUGUCGAGUUGAUCCCGAAUCAGAAGCUGGCCCGGGAAUACUAAACGCUGACUUUAUCCUGUACGUAUCAGCACUGCAGACGGACCGAUGUCAUAAAGGAUUGACCGUCGCAUAUGCUGCACAUUGUCAGCAAGAAUCAUCUCUAGAUAGACCGAUAGCAGGACAUGCGAAUUUAUGUCCUGACAGCAUCAGUACAAAACCACAAGAAAUAGACACUCAAUUGUCUACAGUUAAGCAUGAGAUCCUACAUGCGCUUGGAUUUUCUGUGAGCCUGUACGCUUUUUUCCGAGAUGAAAACGGCCUCCCUAGAACGCCAAGGAAACCCGACACCGGCAAACCAUAUUUGAAUGAAAAGUUGCAAAUCUUUCAAUGGAGCAACGAAACAAUUAGAAGGGUGGUCCGAAAAAAUUGGAGCAUCCGGGGCGGAAGUAUAACGAAAUACGUCGACAUGAUGGUUACUCCCCGUGUAGUCGAAGAAGUAAGGGAACAUUUCAACUGCUCAAUACUUGAAGGCGCCGAGUUGGAGGACCAGGGAGGUGAAGGGACGGCUUUAACACAUUGGGAAAAGCGAAUUCUUGAGAACGAAGCUAUGACUGGCACCCACACACAAAAUCCAGUAUUUUCUCGGAUUACAUUAGCUCUAAUGGAGGAUUCGGGUUGGUACAAAGCUAACUAUAGCAUGGCCGCGCCGUUGACGUGGGGUAAGGGUCUCGGUUGUGCGUUCGUAAUGCGUAGCUGUAAGGAUUGGAUUCAAUCGAAUAGUGCCAGUUCAGGAGGUGAUGCUAAAAAUGAAACACGGGGACGUUCAAUCCACCCGUUCUGUUCAAAGGUGAAGCGAGAUCCUUUGCAGACAGAGUGCACGGUUGAUAGGAGUUCCGUGGCUCUUUGCAAUUUAAUUCGCCACGAAACAGAGCUCCCGCGGGAAUAUCAGUACUUUGACAGCAUAAAUAACGUUCCCGAAGGAGAAGAAGGAUUUUACGGCGGCUCCGUGUCGUUCGCCGAUCAUUGCCCGUACAUUCAAGUGUUUACGUGGCGAAGUAAGAAUGUCGUCGUGCGAGGUUCACAAUGUCAAUAUGAGGAAAAUAAUCCAAGGCCCGAGAAAAAUUUCGCUCUGGAGUCGUACGGUUCAGGAUCCAAAUGCUUCGAACAUACUGAAAACAUGUGGCAAGAGAGAUCAUGUCGUCAAACACGUGAAUGGCAGCAUUGGGGUUCCGGUUGCUACAAAUACGAAUGUACUGAUGGCCGUCUACAUAUCCUGGUGGCAAAUUAUACAUACACCUGUUACUACCCUGGCCAGGAGCUAUAUAUUCGUAUUCUUGUGGGAGAAUGGCUUCACAAGGGUGCCAUAAUUUGUCCACCUUGCCGAGAGCUUUGCGGAGAGUACUUCGCCCAGCGAGGGGAGGAAUGUAGAAUACGCGAGGAAGCACCACCGUCAAACAUGUAUCCUCGUGAUUCAUUGCCCUGUGCGGGCAAUGACUUUAGCAUUAGUUUAAUUACGCUAAUCGUUGCUGUAAUAGCAUCCACACAAUUCCGACUAGGACUUAGAUAAAACCAAGCUUUAAAAACGAUUUUUUAGGAAUAUGUUUAAGUUUAGAGAAAGUGUGUAUUUUAUUAUUAUAUAAUGUGAUAAACAUGUUUAAUCAUAAUCGUAGGUAAAGUAAAUAUGUAGCAAUGUUGCGAAAUGUAACUAAAUGUAUUACAAGAAAUUCCAAUAAUUCGUGGAUGUUAGUCAGUAAAUAUUUGUAAAUAUGGAAACAAACCAAUGGCUCCUUGUAAACGUUUGUGUAACGUUUUAUAUUUGUGAAUCGAAAUUUUAUUCCAUUUUAGAUAGACGAGAAGCGUUUGUUUAUACUAAAUGUGGUCGAUUUUGAUGAUGCACCACGUAGUUGUCUGUACGGCAAAACUAUCUUAUUUUAUCUAGAUAAUUUUAAGUUUGAAGAAAGAAGUUAUUUAUGCUCUUGUGUAAAUACAUCGAAAGCCAUAUAAACACAAUAUUUAAAACAAAA